UUUCUAAUUAAAGAGCGGGAAGAAGAGGGAAAGGGAACCGUCAUGGAGCCAUGCGUCAACUGUGGAAGAUCCUUCAACACAGACGCCCUAGCUCGUCACCAGCCCAUAUGCCAAAAGGUUCAGAACAAGCCCAGGAAGGUCUUUGACUCAAGAAGACAGAGAAUAAUAGGAACAGACAUGGAGCAAUAUUACAAGUCCUCUCUCAAGGCCCCGCCUUCAUCGACACCGCCUAACCCUGGCCGUCAGAAAACGCUGUCUUGGAGAAAGAAACAUGAGGACUUUAUCCAGACUGUUAGAAUGGCAAGACAAUUUAACGAGGUCGCAAAGAGCGGUGGUCCGUUACCAGCUCCAGUCCCUUCUGCCCCUAAUCCUGAUUAUGUUCAGUGUAACUAUUGUCAGAGACACUUUGAGCCCAGCACUGCAGAGAGACACAUCCCAUUCUGCAAGCAGCAGGCCAGUAAGGUGAAUAAGACACCAGGGACCGUGGACCCUAAGGCUAAGGACUCACUUCACAAGAGAACACAUUACAAGCCUCCCGCUUUAAAAAAGAAAGCCACACCCAAUUCAUCAGACUGUAACAACCGGGCACCCCCAGGGGCCGCGAUUGUGAGACAAAACACAAACUUUGGCGACACGUACACAUUCACUAAACCACUUUAUAAUCCUGAGAAGGACACAGACAGGAGGAUAGAGAGAUCUGUAUCAUCGUCAUCAUCAUCUACUGCUAAACAAGAUAGCAAGUGGCAGGCCAGUAGCAGAAAAGCAUUAUCAGGUACUAAGGAUAGCUCAUCUGUACGAGCUACAUCAUUCAGUCGAAUGUCACGAGUACCACAGCCAUCUUUAUUUGAUGGUAAGUCAAGCAAUGGUACAGGAGGAGGAGGAGGAGGAGGAGGAAGUUCUCAGUCUCAGACAAAAGCAAAAACUCACAACUCUGCAUCAAGAAGACUCUUUGCUGCACUAGAGUAUUCUGAUCACUCCUCGGAUGAAGGAGGAGGAGGAGGGAGAAAGAGCAGUACAGAUCAUCAUGAACAGCAGGAGACUUAUAGCAGCAGCCACCAGGAAAGAAAAUAUGUGAUAGGAGGGCUAGUGGGCAGUCAGAGUGCUACUGAGAGCAGUAGCACUGCUAAUAGUUACAGUAAAGGCAGAACCAGUAUUAGCUCUACUAGCAAUAAGGACAAACUUGAUAUAAAGCACAAGACUGGAAGAGGUUUUGGUGGCGGGAGAGAAAUGUUUGUCAUAAAUGAAGGAAGCAUUGAUGGAUUCAGUGGCAAUGGAUACAGUAAUGCCAUUACCAGUAGUAGUGGCAAUGGAUACAAUAAUGCUCUUACCAGUAGUAGUGGUAAUGGAUACAGCAAUGCUCUUACCGGUAGUAGUGGCUCAAAGGAGAAACUCAAUCGGCCCAACAGUCCAUCGAUUUUUGAUAGUGGAGAAGCUUUUGUCCCAGGAGAUGAAGAGAACUACUCCUCUUAUGCUAGAGACAAGUUAACCAGUGGGAUAGCAGUUUAUAAGGAACAGAUAACAAAUGGCAGUAAGAAUCGAUCUCCAUUUGGUGGUCUAGCAAUGGCAGCAGAUUACAAUCCCGAAGUACAUGUAUCAAAACCAGUUAAACCAGUCAAGCAGGUUGGGACCUUCCUCAAUGAACACGGUCUACCUCUUUCAAAGUUUUGUUACGAGUGUGGGAGCAGGUUCCCAGUCCCCCAGGCGAAAUACUGCUGUGAAUGUGGAACCAAGAGAAUAUAGACUUGUUAUUAUUAUUAUUAUUAUUAUUAUUUAAUUAACUACAUAAUCACACCUCUUUCCAUUUUUAAUUAAAAUAUUUGAAGGUGUGCUUCUUUACAUUAUGCCCAAAACCAAGAAAAGAAAGUCAAAGGCAACCCCAACCCCUCAUCAAGCAGAGGAAGUACCAUCCACUUCUGUUCCAGUUCCUGAACCAGUGGCCCCGCCCACCUCCCUCACUCCUGAUGAUAUGGCCAGGGGACGUCAGUUGGUGAAGGAAUUCUCUUUAAUGUUAGAGGGGGAGGUUUCAAAGGAUAAAAAGAAAUAUUCAGCAUAUGCGCUUCAAAUGGAGAAGUACUUUCGUUUCAAGUUUAAGUUUUACGGUUUCAAUGCUUCGGAGAGACGAAGGAUCCAGAAACAGUGGAACGGGAGGUAUAAGAACGAACUGAAGAACAGAAAAACACUACUGAGCACAUUGUAUGCACUCUGGGACGAAGAUGUGAGAGAUUUUCAAUCGUUUGGCUGUGACCUUGCAUCGGAGAACAAAGCCAUUUUAAAAGGAGAAAGAGAUGAAGAUGUCCGUGAAUCCAUGAUGUGUCUCAAACACCUCCUCUCUACUAAAGGCUGGUGGGACACUGUGGAUUUAUUGUCAAGUAAUGCUUUAGGUCACUUGGUUAAGACAUCGCCACGCAUAACACUACCAAUAGUAGACGAAUGGAUUGAAGAUGAUAAUAUGUGGCUACGGAGGUCAGCCAUUUUACACCAACUCAAUUUCAAAGAGAAGACAGACGAAGAGAGACUCUUUAGAUAUUGUCUGAGUAGAGGACACGAGGAAGAGUUCUUCAUUCGAAAGGCGAUAGGUUGGAGUCUGAGACAGUAUGCUAGAUCCAGUCCCGAGGCAGUGAGGAAGUUUGUGAGAGAGAAUGAAGGAACACUCUCUGAACUAUCAGUGAAGGAAGCUAUGAAACACAUACAGAAAUGAGAGAGAGAGAUGGUUACUGGCUAGAGAAUCAUGCUAUGUUGAGGGUUCAAGAUAAAGGUUUUACAUUUUUGUAAAA